AUUCGCAACAACGAGGUCUAUCUUUAUUGAGCCAUAUUGGCCAUUAGUUGGACGAGCUGAACUGUAGCAUCGGCAGAUAUCCUACUUAUUUCGCUUAAGAUCAUCACGAUUGCAAAUCGAAAAGAGGAAAUUAAAGUGAAUUCAGCCGUAUCCGUUCGUGUCGAAAGAGGAAAACAUUAUCCCGCAAAGGGCAAUACAACAUUCUGUUUGUCUGAAGUUCCCAUUUUUCAUUUCAUGUGGGAGUUGACAUUAUGAACGGUUUGUAUUGCAACGAGUCUUCCCAACAUUAUCCCUCUAUCGCCGAUUUCAAAGAUCUGCGGCCAACCAUUAUCACAAACUGUAUCUUCAACAGUUUUCUAACUUACACUGCCAUCAUGUUCAACGUUGUGACAAUUUACGCGAUACACAAAGCUGCGACAAUUGCAAAACCCUUAAAGACGCUUCUUCUACACCUCGCCUUUUCCGAUGUGGCUGUUGGUUUAUUUGGUCAACCACUUUACAUUUCACUUCUUAUCAAGUGGUUACGAAUGGAGAAUCCAAGCUGUAACGCUUAUUUAAUAUUAAGUAUUUCUGGCGCUUUAUUCUCACUUGCUUCGUCCUUAGGUGUUGUAGCUGUAAGUAUAGAAAGGUUCUUAGCUGUUCAUCUUCACCUCAGAUAUCAAGAGCUUGUGACUCACAAGCGUGUUGUUUAUAUGGUGAUCUCUAUGUGGGUGUACAGUACAUUUGUUUCUUUAACAACAUUGUGGGGGCUGCGUAGCACUCGAGAUGCUAUUGGUUUAGCUAGUGCAGCUAUUGGCUUUAUUCUCACGUUUAUGUUCUAUAUCAAGAUUUAUCUAACUGUCCGAAGGCACAAGAAUCAGAUACAGUCCAUGCAAAUACAAAAAGAAGCUCAGUCAGAUGAGAUAAAAAAAUUUGCUGCCCUCAUUAAAUCUACAAUUAGUAUUUUCUACGUAACUAUCGUGCUUGCAAUUUGUUAUUUGCCUUUCCAAAUUUGCUCGGCUGGUUUUAGAAUCUAUGAUUAUCGCAAUGUUCAACACGACGGCGGUGUGAGUAAGAAAACUGUUGAAGAUACAGUUUGUGAUGAUGGUUGGCCGAAGAUCUUUGAAAUCGGCGUUGGAGGGAUAAUAUUGGAAAGACUUGUUGCAAUAGAAAUCGUUCAUGAUGUCAACUCGUUUCUCUUGAAUGAAAGAUGGGAACCUUAG